GUGUCCCCAGCCAAGAUGGCGGCGCGGUGUUCCACACGCUGGUUUCUGGUGGCUGUGGGGACCCCCCGGCUGCCGGCUGCAGCGGGGAGAGGGGCCCGGCCGCCCGGGAGGUGCGUGGUGGGGGCGUCGCUGGGCCACAAACUGAGCGUCGCCGCCUUCGCGCCUUCCCUGGGCUCUCGUGGCCCCCGGGCGCUGCUGACAUUGAGAGCCUGUGUCAGCCUCACAGGAGCAAAAUGUUACCCUUUUGUUUGUACUGCCUCCUUCCACACGAGCACCCCUUUGGCCAAAGAAGAUUAUUACCAGAUACUAGGAGUUCCCCGAAAUGCCAGCCAGAAAGAGAUCAAGAAAGCCUAUUACCAGCUUGCCAAGAAAUACCACCCUGACACGAAUAAGGAUGAUCCCAAAGCUAAGGAAAAGUUCUCACAGCUGGCAGAAGCCUAUGAGGUGCUGAGUGACGAGGUGAAGAGGAAGCAGUAUGAUGCCUAUGGCUCUGCUGGCUUUGAUCCUGGGGCCAGCGGCUCUGGGCAGGGCUACUGGAGGGGGGGCCCCACCGUGGACCCAGAGGAGCUGUUCAGGAAGAUCUUCGGGGAGUUUUCAUCAUCUUCGUUUGGAGAUUUCCAGGGUGUGUUUGAUCAGCCUCAGGAAUACAUCAUGGAGUUAACCUUCAAUCAAGCUGCCAAGGGCGUCAACAAGGAGUUCACCGUGAACAUCCUGGAUACCUGCGAGCGCUGCGAUGGCAAGGGGAACGAGCCAGGCACCAAGGUGCAGCAUUGCCACUACUGCGGCGGCUCUGGCAUGGAAACCAUCAAUACGGGCCCUUUUGUGAUGCGUUCCACGUGUCGAAGAUGUGGCGGCCGAGGCUCCAUUGUCAUAACACCCUGUAUGGUCUGCAGAGGAGCAGGACAGGCCAAGCAGAAGAAGCGAGUGAUGAUCCCCGUGCCCGCAGGAGUUGAAGAUGGCCAAACUGUGCGGAUGCCUGUAGGAAAAAGAGAAAUUUUCAUCACGUUCAGGGUACAGAAAAGCCCCGUGUUCCGGAGGGACGGUGCAGACAUCCACUCCGACCUCUUUAUUUCUAUAGCUCAGGCUCUUCUUGGGGGGACGGCCAGAGCCCAGGGCCUGUACGAGACCAUCAGCGUGACGAUCCCCCCGGGGAUUCAGACAGACCAGAAGAUUCGGAUGAGUGGGAAAGGCAUCCCCCGGAUUAACAGCUACGGCUACGGAGACCACUACAUUCACAUCAAGAUAAGAGUUCCAAAGCGGCUGACGAGUCGGCAGCAGAGCCUGAUCCUGAGCUAUGCUGAGGAUGAGACCGAUGUGGAGGGGACGGUGAAUGGUGUCACCCACACAAGCACCGGUGGCAGCACCAUGGAUAGCUCCGCAGGAAGCAAGGCUAGGCACGAGGCUGGGGAGGACAAGGAGGGAUUCCUUUCCAAACUUAAGAAAAUGUUUACCUCCUGAUAGCCCAGCUGAGGAAAACGGUCCGCUGGAAACUAGGCCGGGAGCAGCAGCCCCUCCUUGUGGCCAGGGCACCUGGGAGACAGGAGGAUUCCAGAACAGCACUGAGCCCCCGCCUGCAGAGACCUCUGGACUGCCUUGGCAGCAGCAAAAUCAUGUGACAACACAUCUCUCCACGGAAAGGUCACGGUGGACAGCCCCUGGGCAGUAAAAUGGAACACCCUGAGGGCUGGUAGAAGUUUCCUUUCCACGGGUAGGUGACAUGGCUUCUCUGGCUCAGGCAGAAUAAGACAGCUGGACACUUCUUGCAGCAGUAAAACUCUAAUUUGGAAUAGAAUGUGAUGGAGAUCUUAGUUAAAGAAUUAAAGGCCGUGCUUACAGCUUUAAAAUGAAGCCUUAA